UCUUAGAUAUUUUCAUUUUCCCUCUCACGUUAUUUUCACUUUCCCUCUCUAUUUUCUCAUAUACCCUCAUUUCAGAAUUUCUCUCAGAAACCCUAAUCUUCUUCUCCUCUUCCCCUAAUCCGUGAAUCUAAUAAUCAACCAAGAAUCUCUAAAAUCUGAAAUUCCCAAAACCAUGUGAUUCUCUAAAACCCGUAAACCCUUAAUCGUGAAACCCUAAUUCAUUCAUCAAAUUUGUGAAUCCCUGGUUCCAAUUGAAGAAUGUUUCGUUUAAUGACUUGUUGAUUUGAAGAUUCCAAUCGUUUAUUUCGAUUCCCAAAAUCAGUGAAGCCCUAAUCCCUAAUUCAAAGAACUCAGAUUCGUGGAUGCAUGAUGAAGCAGCUGUUCAUUGCAAGUUGAUUGUUGUUUUGAAAUCUGGUUUUAUUCUUCUUUCUUUCAACUGAUUGUUACCUAAUCAGAAUUUAGCUCGAGAAGCGGGAUUGCAGGAGGCUUUUCCGAAUUGGUUACGCAGGUUUCUCUCGUAAUAUUACUUACGUAUCUUAAUUCUUGGUGUUGUAGACAUAUAUCAAAGACAACUAUUUACCAAGAUGAUUAAAAGAGGUGGAAAAUCUAAGGUAUUAGCACCAGGAAAACUUCAAGAACAAAGAAAUCGCAAAAUUAACAAGAAGCAUACUGUUACGAAACCUGGUCAUACAACAGUAGCACCACAGACAGAAGCUCAAACAACAUUGUCGGCGCCCACACAAGCUCAUACAACAUCGUAUGUGCAGACUGCAUCGGCGAUGCGAACACCGGCUCAAACAGCAUCGUUCGUGCAAGCUGCAUCGUCGACGCGAACACCAGCUCGAAAAACAUCGUCCGUGCAGGUUCCAUCGUCGGUGCCAACACCAGUUACCCCAACAUCAUUCGUGCAGAAUGCAUCAACUGCUCAUACUGCAUCAGUACCAACACCUGCACCUGUUCAUGCCGCUACCUCUAAGGUAUCUAGGUUUAUGCCUACUCCCACUUUAAGCCAUCAAACAAUGGUUGGCCCUCAAAGUGUAAACCUUCAAACAACGGGUAGCCCUUCAAAUUUGGUAGAGGAGGAAGAUGUGGAUGAUGAUGUGGAUGAUGAUGAGGAUGAGGCAGUGGGUCAAGAAAAUGUUACCCCUCUUGUGCCAACACUAGAUGAAAAUGGGAAGGUUAUUAUAAAACCAUAUGGUACAGGGCUGGCUCCUGCCAAAGAAGUUGCUGAUGCAAUUAAAUAUGCUAUACGCAAACAAUUCUUUAAACCUAUACAUCACUGGACUGAACUCGAUCGUGAUACGAAAGCUGACUGGUUUAAGUGGUUUGGAGAUAAGGUUUCGUGGGAUCCUUGCGAUCAUGCAAUUGUCUAUUCCAGAUUUGAAAAAAAAGGAAGAAAACGAUUAAACGACAUGAUGGGGAAGGCGAGGGAAAAAGGGAUUCAACCCCCAUGGAUUGGUGAUGAAGCUUGGGUUGGUCUUCAAAAUCAUUGGAAAGAGCCUGAGUUCUUGGCUGUGUCUUCUCAAAACAAGAUAAAUCGAGCUUCCGCUAGAGGCGGAGCAGUCCACACCUCAGGCCGUAAGGCUCAUCUUGAUGUUGCACUUGAACUUUCACAUGAACUUCAAAGGGAUUUGCGCCCCGAUGAGUUAUUUUUAAAAACGCAUAAGAGGAAAAAUGGUGAAUGGGUUGACAAUCGUGCUGCAUCUACUUACAAAGCUUUUAGAGAGAAAUAUGAUGCAGAACUUCAGCCAACAGAAGAAGGGAAUGGAAAUGAUGUUCAAGUGGUAGAUGGAGAGCGUGUAAAUCAGCUAUGGACAGAGGCAGCUGGGGGCCGUAGCCGUGGUCGGGUUUAUGGCGCGGCAGAUUUUGCUAUUAAUCUAAAACGUGGAUCAAAAACUUUUACCCAACAAUCUCAAACUCCUCACCACUCUAUGUUCGGGGUUUCAUUAGAAGCUGAAAGAGCAGCUAGAAUUAGAGCUGAACAAAUUGCUGAGGCUGCAACUGCCCGAUUACAAGAGGCUAACGAACUUAUUCGAGCUGCUACCGAGGCUGCAAAAACUGCUACCGAGACUGCACAGAGGAUGGAGAGUGAGAUGAAUGCUUGGAAGGAACUUAUGAUGAAGAAAAUUGACGCUAAAGUUAGCGGAUCACAUCGUCAUCAUUAUGAUGACGAUUUGGAUGAUUUGUCCUUAGAUGAAGCUUGAUCUUUCACUCUUAGCAGAAUGAAUUCAUCUCGGAUUUCAAAACUUUUUUGUAUGUUUUUUGGGACUUCAUCUUAAAUGUAAUCUGAGUUAUUAGGGGUGACUUUUGUUGUAGCUAUGACUACUUUAUUUUGCAUUUUGAAUCAACUUUGCAGUAUUAGGAUAAUAUUACAUCGAAUGUGCUACUUUGUAUCUUUGUAUCAGGAAGGUUGUAUGAUAUUUUGAAAUGACAAAUGUUAGUGGUUGUUAAUUCUA